UUAUUAGCAAUUUGGUGUUAGUUGCAGAUGCUGUGUGGUAUUGUUUAUACGUGAAUUUGUUAUUAUAAUAUAAUAUAAUAUAAAAAUGACGGCUUCAAGUAAUACUUCUAAGAAAAAGAUGUCAAUUCUUGAAAUGGCGCAUAUUUUUGGUGCGGAAUUAAUGGGAACUGCCAUUUUGAUGUUUGCUGGGUGCUCAACUGCGCCGAAUAGUAUGAUGUGGACGUUUGCCAUUUCGGCAAUGGUGGCAAUUCAUACUGUUGGUCCUAUUAGUGGUGCGCAUUUAAAUCCGGGUGCAACAAUUGUUUCGUUGAUAAUGGGCAAACUAUAUUACAAAUUUGCUCCUAUUUAUUGGGCUGCACAAUUCAUUGGAGCUUUCGUUGGCUACAUAUUGCACUAUGAAAUAGUGUUAAUUGGUGAUAACAAUUCAACGUGUAUUACUAAACCACCGGCUAUUGCAACCGAAAUACGGGUUUUGGGCGUUGAAAUUAUUAUGUCGUUUAUUUUCUUCAUUGCUCUUGCUGCUCUCUGGGAUUCGAAAAACAAGCAUUCCAGUGAUACGGCGUCUCUAAAAUUUGGUUUUAUUUUGUACGGAUUGAUUCUUAGCGUUUCAAAAGAUUACGCACUGAGUAUGAACACUGCAAGAUCACUUCCACCGGCAAUCAUCACGGCUGAUUUCGAAGGACAUUGGAUUUACUGGGUUGGACCUAACGUGGGUGCCAUACUUGCAGGCGGUUUGUAUCGUACAUUUUACAGCAACCGGCCUUAUCUUGACGGAGAUGAAGACAUUGAAUAGUACCUAAUAGAUGCAUUGAAUUGUAAUACUGUGCUUCUUAUUAAAUAAUAGCUUUUACCCGCAA